AUGGCAACAGACAGGCCAGAUGAAUUCCUGAUAACUGCUAUAAGGAAGAACGACCUCGCCACCGCCCGCCACCUGCUCAACCGCAACGUCUCCCCAGAUGAGCCUUACAGUGAUCCGCCGCUCAGCGUGGCCAUCAGGCACCAGAGCUUGGACAUUGUCCAGCUACUCUACGAGCAUAAUGUCAAAGGAAUCAUGGACGAGUUCAACAGCACAGAGAUCCACGUCGCCGCAAGGGUCGGCAAUCUCGCCAUCCUGGAGUUCAUCUGGAACAAGCUCAAGCCUCGACACCAACAUGAUGGCUUUCUCCACCAGGCCGAUCUCGACGGAAUGACUCCUCUGCACGUUGCGGCCGCCUCUGGAUCUCUGGAUUGUGUGCGGUUUUUGUUGCGCGAAGGUGCGGACGUGAACUCCUGCCCCAUACACGGUAUGACCCCGCUGCAUUAUGCCGCGAAGAGCCCCAAUGCACGGGAAAUUAUCGAGGUGCUCGUGCAGGCUGGGGCCCAGGUCGAUGCUGCCGCCUGGAACGGAGAAAGUGCUCUCUUUGGUGCUGUUGAGUCUGAUGACAAGGAUGCGGUCGCAGCGCUUCUCCGCGCAGGGGCGAGAGUCACACUGCGGAAUCAGUACAACGAAACCGUCCUCCACACUGCAGCGUACAGCAGUUCACUAUCUCUCCUGCAGACAUUGGUUGACGCUGGAGCGGAUAUGACCGCGCGGAGCACCUCAAACUCGACGAUUCUGCACCGCGCAGCGGAGGCCGGGCGCGUAGAGACGGUUGCGUGGAUUCUCCAGCAUACGCAUCUGCCGGCAGACGACGCGAACAGCUACGGCUGGACUCCACUGCACUUUGCGGCAGCAAAAAACCACCUCAGCACGGUCAAGUUUCUCGUCGAGGAAUGCGGUGCAGAUAUCUCCGCCCUCCCAUCAUUCCCCAGAAACGCAUCCGCGCUGCACUUGGCUACUCACUGUUUCGGCGAGGACCCAAUCCCCCAGGCCAAUUGCACACGACCAGUGGCCGACAACACCUCCCUAAUCAGCUACCUCCUUGCGCACGGGGCGGACGUCUGGGCGCGCGCGGACGAUGGCAUUCUAAUGGGCGGCUACGAGUCCGGAGAAAACAUCUUCAGAGAAUUGCACGAGUGCACCAGUGGGCCUGAAAGCGAGGAUGAUUGUAAUACGGUCACCCCGCUUGACUGCGCCGCUGCUAUCGGGAGUAUACCCAAAGCGCAGGCUCUGCUUGCUGCGGGAGCGGACAUCAAUGCACGUAGUCCGACGGGCAUGGGCUGGACGGCGCUGCUCCAUGCGGUGACGGCACUUCCGCCGCACUCUCCUGGAGGCCCCAUAACCCCGAUAAUCCGGUUUUUGAUUCAAAAUGGAGCGGAUGUGCGGAUUGUGGAUACCAAGGGGCGCAGUGUGGUGCAUUAUUUGUGCUAUUAUCUGCGGGCGACAGAGCCUGUGCGGGAGUUUUUGGUGGAGACGGGGGUUUACAAGGAGGAUCUAGAGGCUGCGUUGGAUUUGAAGGUGAUCCCUAGGCUUAUGAGGGAUCUGAUAUACCGGAAUCAGUCAUGA